AUGCAGGCUCUACAGGUUUUGUCUCUGACUCUGCUGUCCGUUCUGGCAGCUAACGCCCAGACCUUCCGCCCUGGAAAAUGCCCCCAACCCCCCGUCCAGGCUAACUUUGACACCGCCAGGUAUCUGGGCAAGUGGUAUGAGAUCCAGAAGCUCCCUGCCAUCUUCCAGAAGGGCGAGUGCAGCACUGCCACCUACUCCUUGAAGAGCCCCGGAGUAGUUGGUGUGCUCAACAGGGAGCUGCUGUCUAACAACACUGUCAAUGCUAUUACUGGCUAUGCUAAGGUCAAGGACCCCUCUGAGCCCGCCAAGCUGGAAGUCACCUUCUUCGAGGACUCUUCCCCUGGCCCCUACUGGGUGUUGUCCACUGACUACGAGGGCCACUCUGUGGUCUACAGCUGCACUGAAUUCCUGGGCGCCUUCCACGUGGACUUUGCCUGGAUCCUGAGCAGAGAGCCAACCCUCUCUAAGGAGAAACUUGGGGAGCUGUACAACGUGUUCACCUCCAACGGCAUCAACAUCGACGUGAUGACCGUCACCGACCAGAGCAAAGAGCUGUGCGUCGACAUGCCUCUGUGGGCCUAA